AUGAGUGAUCAAUCUACACCAUCGCCCUCUUUGGCCGCCUCAUCUCCUCCCACCUCCCUACCUCCAUCCCCGGAGCUCCAGAAGCUCAACCUCUCCAGCGAAGUCUCAGAGCAAGAUAAGCAGGAAGCCCUCCGAUUAAAAGCUGCCGCGAACAAGGCUUUCACUUCCCAUGAGUUCAACGAUGCCGCGAGAUUGUAUUCAGAGUCGAUUCAGAAGAACCCUAAUGAGCCGACGGUGUGGUGUAAUCGAGCGUAUGCGCGCAUGAAGCUCGAGGAAUAUGGAUAUGCGUUGACGGAUGCCUCGCAAGCUAUUACUCUGGAUCCUAAAUACGCCAAGGCGUACUAUCGUCGGGCGACUUGUUACAUGCAAGUUAUGAAAUACCAGGCAGCAGUCGCCGAUUUCAAAAAAGUGUUGGCUCUCGAGCCCAAUAACGACACCGUCCGCGGCCAAUUAGUCUCAACGCAAAAGUUGAUUCGCAAGAUUGAAUUUGAAAAAGCUAUCGAAGUUGAGGGAGAGAAAGACCCCGUCGUGCGAUGCCGCGAGAUUAUCCAAGAGGGCGGCUGCGAAGUCGACUCGAAUUACACCGGGCCAAAGCUGCCUCAAUCCGAGGACGGGAAAUUCUACAUGACCCAAGAGUUCCUGCAGGAAAUGAUCGAGUGGUUCAAGCAGGGCAAAACGCUGCCGAAACGAUACGCCUGGGAGAUCGUCAUGGGCGCACACGAGCAGUUUAUCAAGGAGGAGAGCUUGGUCAGCGUCGAUAUUCCGGACGGCGUCACUUGCGAUGUUAUUGGUGAUGUUCAUGGCCAAUUCUACGACGUAUUGCAUCUCUUUUCUUUGACGGGCCCUCCUUCCGAGAAACACUACUUGUUGAUGAACGGAGAUCUCGUCGACCGAGGAUCCUGGUCCAUCGAAGUCAUUUUGCUCGCGUUUUCAUAUAAAUGGUUGUAUCCUAAAUACAUGUAUAUCAAUCGCGGUAACCACGAAGCGAAGGAUAUGAACCGUACCUAUGGAUUCGAAGGAGAGGCGAAACACAAGCACGGAGAACAAGCGUACAAGCUUUUCGCCCAUGUAUUUACGACCUUACCCUUGUCAACGCUCGUCAACGCAACAAAGCCACCGCCGAGCAAAGACAACGCCAUACUCUCCCCUGAGGGCUUCAAGCGUUUCUUCGUCGUCCACGGAGGGUUGUUCAGCAAAGACGGCGUCACACUGGAAGACAUCCGCAAGAUCGACCGAGUUGGACGGCAGCCCGGUCAGGAAGGCAUCAUGUGUGAAUUGUUGUGGACUGAUCCUCAAGAAGCGCCUGGCCGAGGACCUAGCAAACGGGGUGUCGGCAUUGCCUUUGGACCGGACGUUACUAAACGGUGGUGCACUCUCAAUGGUGUGACUGGUGUAAUCCGAAGCCACGAAGUCCGACAAAAUGGAUAUGAGAUCGAGCACGAAGGAUUAUGCACAACGGUGUUUUCAGCUCCCAAUUAUGUCGACCAAUCCGGCAACAAAGGCGCAUUUAUCCGCAUCGACUCUGCUGGAAAUCGGAAAUACACCCAAUUCGAAGCCUCGCCUCAUCCUCCCAUGAAACCCAUGGCAUACAUUCAAGGAGGACUCGGAAGUUUGAUGAUGUGA